CCUGGAGUAUGAGAAGCCGAACUUGAAUGGUAACAGCAAGGGAGCUGGGUGUCGAUUUGAGUUGUGGGAUUGCAGUGGUGAUCAAAAGUUUGAAACAUGCUGGCCAGCUCUGAUGAAAGACUGCCAUGGUGUUGUAAUAAUCUUCAAUCCUGAGCUGCCCAGUUGCCUGAAAGAAAUUGAAAUGUGGUACUCCUGUUUCGUGCAGCAGCAGCCACUGCUUGAUAGUCAGUGUCUCCUAGUUGCACAUCACAAGCCAGGCAGUGCAGGGGACACAGAAGAUCUGUCAUUGGCUUACCCACUGAACAAGCUAAAACUAAUACAUUCCAACUUAGAAGAAGAUCCUGAAGAUGUUCGGAUGGAAUUUAUGAAAUACUUCAGAAGCAUUAUCACCUUAAUAAAUGAGAGCAGAGAGAGAGAAGAAAUGUCAAUUAUGUCAUAACAUUAAAAGAAAUACUGAACAGGGAAGAAAAUGGACAUUUUUUUUUGUAAGCUACGCCAUCCUGUGAACAGGUCCUUGCAACAAGAAUUUGCCAGCCUAUAAACAUUUCAGAGAAAAUAAAGCACAAUAUAUGACUUCAUCAGAAAAAAAACGAGUGUUGACAUCACAUGAACUGUGCUGCCAGAGAUAGCUGCAAAUCC